UCUCUGGUCAUUUCUCGUCAUCGCUUAGCUUAUGAACUGCCGUCUUUCUCUAUCGAUCAUCUUUCUUACACUCAUUGACUGUUUACGAAAAUAUCUUCAGCUAUAUUCUUCCCAUCUCUUUCUUUCGUGUGCCGGAGCUUUUUGCGUAAUCUCGCGCGAAGCUUUUUCCGAUUUGAUUGUUUUUGCGGUACUUGCAAUGGUGCUCGAUAGUUCCGUUGCUCUGUCACCUCGCCGGAGGCAUGGCCUGUUGAGGGAUCAGGUUCAGCUUGUUAAAAGAAAGGACUCUGGAAGAUACGAGAUAGUUCCAAUUGAGGAUCCAUUGUCUUUUGAAAAGGGUUUCUACGUUGUUAUCCGCGCUUGCCAGUUAUUGGCUCAGAAGAACGAUGGGCUCAUUUUGGUUGGGUUAGCUGGUCCUUCUGGAGCUGGAAAAACCAUCUUCACUGAGAAAAUCCUCAACUUCAUGCCUAGUAUCGCUAUCAUAAACAUGGACAACUACAAUGAUGGUACUCGUGUGAUCGAUGGAAACUUUGAUGACCCACGGUUGACCGACUAUGAUACACUUCUUGACAAUAUACAUGGCCUAAAGGAUGGAAAAUCUGUUCAGGUUCCAAUAUAUGACUUCAAGUCGAGUUCGAGAAUUGGUUACAGGACGCUUGAGGUGCCUAGCUCUCGCAUUGUUAUUCUUGAAGGCAUAUACGCUUUGAGUGAAAAGCUACGGCCUUUGCUCGAUCUUCGUGUCUCUGUCACUGGUGGAGUGCAUUUUGAUCUUGUCAAGCGUGUUUUGCGGGACAUUCAACGUGCUGGCCAGGAACCUGAAGAAAUAAUUCAUCAAAUAUCUGAGACGGUGUAUCCUAUGUACAAGGCGUUUAUUGAACCUGAUCUGAAGACAGCUCAUAUUAAGAUCCAAAACAAGUUCAACCCCUUCAGUGGCUUUCAGAACCCAACAUAUAUUCUAAAGUCAACAAAGGCUGUGACGCCAGAACAAAUGAAGGCAGCUCUGUCUGAAGAUUUCAAGGAGCGUACAGAGGAAACUUAUGACAUCUAUUUGCUACCACCAGGCGAGGACCCUGAAGCAUGCCAAUCAUACCUCAGAAUGAGGAACCGGGAUGGAAAAUACAAUCUCAUGUUUGAGGAGUGGGUUACAGAUCGUCCAUUCAUUAUAUCACCCAGAAUAACUUUUGAAGUCAGCGUUCGCCUUCUGGGAGGAUUAAUGGCACUGGGUUAUACCAUUGCAACUAUCUUGAAACGGAAAAGUCAUAUCUUUGAUGAUGACAAGGUUAUUGUGAAGACUGAUUGGUUGGAACAACUGAACCGGACAUAUGUUCAGGUACAAGGUAAAGAUCGUUCCUUCGUCAAAAAUGUGGCAGACCAACUUGGAUUGGAAGGUUCAUAUGUUCCACAUACAUAUAUUGAACAGAUACAGCUUGAAAGACUUGUGAAUGAUGUUAUGGCUUUGCCAGAUGACUUGAAGACAAAACUUAGCUUAGAUGAUGAUACAGUUUCUAGCCCUAAAGAAGCCCUCUCAAGAGCUUCUGCUGAUAGUAGAAUGAAAUAUCUUCACGGGGAAUCAUCUGACUUGUGUAAUGAUGCACAUUCUAACAGCGGUGUGUCAAAGUCUUACUCAAACCAAAGACACAAAGUCUUGCCUAACUUGACAAGACUUGCUGUUAACAAUAGAAUGUUAGAUGCCAGAGCCCCUGCUUCACCUGCCAAUCUUCCAAAUCAGGGUGUUAUCACUCAGCUGUCAGACCAAAUAUCGACACUUAAUGAGAGGAUGGAUGAAUUCACAUCCCGCAUUGAAGAGUUGAACUCCAAGAUCCCCAACAGGAUAGCUGCUUCAGGUAGUCAACACAACUUGGCUUUACCAAUCGAAAACGGUAACGGGUCCCUCUUAUCGCUGUCCUCAUCCUCAUCUCAGCUCGUAAGGGAAUCUCCUCUGAUGGAAGAGGUUAUACUCGUUGCUCGUGGACAACGUCAGAUAAUGCACCAAAUGGACACACUGAGCAAUCUUCUUCGGGAGUAUGUUGGAGAAAGGUCUCGCAUAGAGAGACUAGACAGCAACAGAACAAACAGCACAACACAAAACCUCGAAUCAUCCACUGUACCUGUUCUUGUUGCUUUGGUCAUUGGCUGCUUUGGCAUUUUUGCCUACAGCCGACUGAAAUAGUUUCUGUAACAGUCAGUUACUUCACAAUCAAAACCCAGGCUUCGUGAAAAAAAAAAUGUGGAAUGAUGUAAAUAAUAGGGUUUGUGGUACACACUGGAUAAUUCAGUCUUGACAAUGUAAGAUGAGCCAAUAAUAAGAGACUGAAUUGUUUUACAUUACCAUUUGGAAACAUUCAAAUAUUUUGUUCUCGCAGGCAUGGAAGAAAAUGGAGACCACAAUGAGACAUAAGGUAGUAAAGAGAAAUUUGGAUCAUUAUGCAAUACUAAUACACAGUGGAAGAAGCAAGUUCUUUGACAUCUUCAACAACUUGAUCAUAGUCUGUCUUGAAUUUCUCUUUUUUCGGGCUUAGUUCUCCUUUGGCAGGCUGUGUAAGGAUCAGAAGGCAACAUGUUGGCCGCUUGGUCGCUCCAGCAGUGGCAAGAUCCUAUGGAAACGAGAAAUUGGAUCGGAAUGUGAGUUAUGACAUCAAUAGGAGAUAUAUUUUCAGCUAUGACACAGAUUCUGCGUAAGGAAAACAAAAGUCGUUAUUGAUUCACAUUGAACAAGGAAAACAGAUACGACAUUACCGUUCAAACGAAAUCUAGCUCUGGAUUGAAGUUUAGUUAGGGGGUUUUAUUACUUCUAACCCUUUAAAAAAUUGAAUUGAUGUUUCGAUUCUUUUGAACAUAUUGUAAUCGAUCAAUAAUACUAUUGUAAUGUUCUCAUUACAAAAAUUAUUAGUUGACGUCAUGCAAGUUUGACAC